GUGCACCUCUGAACGCUUCCAAAGGAUACUUACCUUGCCAGUACUAAUUCACGGUUGCACUCACGGAGACGCAGCCAUGGCUUCCGCGUCGACGAAGGUGGCCACCACAAAAUCGAUUCUGAAACUGGUAACGACUUUGAAAGGUCAUAGAGAUCAGAUUCAAUCGAUAUCCUACUUUCCAGACGGCCAGCGAAUAAUCAGCGGAUCUUUGGACAAGACCGCUCGGCAAUGGAAUCUGAAGGCGGGCGAGGAAAUUGAGGGAGCGCAAAGUGUUUUCGAGGGGACGGUAUAUGCGGUGGCAGUAUCAAGGGAUGGUCGAUGGGUUGUCACUGGUGGUGGAGAUCAUAGGAGGGCGGAGCUGAAAGCCUUUGAGGUUGAGACGGGGAUUCUGAAAACAUUCGAAGGACACUCACAGAUGAUCUUCAGCAUUGAUAUCUCUGCGGACGACACCCUGCUGGCCACGAGCGGGUCAUUUGAUGGAACAGCGCGGAUAUGGAACUUGAAGACUGGCAAACUUGUUGCUGGUCCAUUCAAGAGCGUUGGUGACGUCACCGCGGUUCGAUUCUCCCCAGAUUCAAAAAAGCUCGCAGUCGGGAUAAAUGAGGGAACGUGCCUUCAUGUAUGGGAUGUCCAAUCACAGAUAUUGGAUGCGAGCAUAGGGAAUCCCAACUAUCAAGGAAGAGCAAUCAGAUCCCCAUUGCCAAUUUUCUGGACAAACAAAAACAAAACCAUCGUAGCCACAUUCGAUUUCAAUUUCGCUGGUGUGGCAGAUUCUGAAUAUCCGGAUGGUGUCCCACAUGCCAAGACGAUCUACGAGUUUGACGCGGUUACGCUGGAGACUGUCGGAGCUCUCUUUGAAGGGCACAUCAAUCGCAUCACCGGUCUAGCACUUUCAUUCGAUGGAGCUCUCCUCGCUAGCGCUUCGGGAGAGAACACCAUCAAGCUUUGGGCUUUCGAGUCGCGACAGCUCCUUGCUUCCUUCGACGUUCGAAAUGUCUUUGCCCUUAUUCUCUCAUCCGAUUCACGCCAACUAGUUUACACGACAAACACCAAAGACGACUACAAGAUCUACAUCUGUGAUACUCCACCUGACAUCCUUACUCAGGCCCGUAUUAUUGCACACAAAAAGUCAGCCCACAGGAAUAUACUACAUUCUGAUGCAACUCGUCGUCCUCCUGCUGGGCAUCGCCGACCAUCGAUAUCCGCCAUACAUAUGGCGCCGAGACCUCCACCUAUAAGACAGCCGCAACCACCCCACUUUUCUUCGCCUCAGCAAAUUCCUUCGCUUCUCUCCUCGCGCGAACGCAGUCCCUGUUCGUCACAUCCAAUCUCGUGAUCCUCUAGAUGUAGGUUGCGACUCUCAUAUUUCACUUUCUGACAGUUGACUCCAUGAUGGCACAACAGGUCCCUGCUACAUUGCCCCUACCAUCCUCUCUCUCAGAUCAGGUCCCAACUCGAUUUGAUCGUGUCAGUCUUCAAUUUCUAUAAUAAAUGCGCAACAUGUGAUUGACCCAGUGC